AUGGAACGGCCAACGACACCCGGUCUGGGCGUCAACCCACCUAAAAAUCGAAGGAUCCCACCUGCCAAACAGAAUGUCGCGCCCUGCACGAAUUUAUCCUUUGCCGAGCGAAAGGCACAGUUGUCGCGGCGGUCCAAGUCCAACAUCGUCGAGGGCAAUAGCGUGUUGAGAAGCAUAGAACGGCCGCCGCCAGGAGACGUAAUGGGUCGUCGCAAGUCGCAACUGGAGCCGGAAUUGGCGAAGAGGAGAAGUGCAUUCUACGAAAGCGAGUUUGCAGUUGGCCGCGAAAUAGAUCCAACCAAAGACCGGGUUCGCAAUGAUGCCAUAGUCCUGGCGGAAUUGCGGACCAACGUGAUUAUUCAAGACGAGUUCACCUUCAUCACUGACCUGUCCUACCAUUUAUCCAAUCGGUAUCAACGGUCGGUAUCCUCGAUUGUGAUCAACCUACAGCAUGGCUGUUGUAUGAUGUUUGGCGGUUCUUUUGAUCCAGCCUAUACCCUCACCAUCUUUGCGCUGCCCAGUCUUGUCCAGCCUAUCACGAACAAAAGGAAUGCGGCCCUGAUCCAAGCCCACAUGAUGGAGACUCUUGGGGUCGUCCCAUCCAGAGGUUACCUGCGUUUUGUAUCCACGCCAGAGGAAGACGUCGCCAUUUGCGGCAAAACGGUGGCAGGCGAAAUGGAAGACUUAGAGAGGGAGACAAGGGAUGAGACCGGCAAUGAACGAGAUGCUGCGAAACUGUCGACGAAGAAUAGGAAGUUGAGCGUACGUUCUUCUUGGGCGAAUUUCAGACCCUCCACAGCCGGAACCCUUGUAUCUGAACCACUGCCUACGCCGCCGGCGAGCACAGAUGACACGCCAAUGAUUGCAACGUCCAUUCCGGAGCACCCGCCCACCCCAGAAGAGGAAGGUCCGGUCGACGAGAAGGCGGCAAAGACAGCAGCUCGUAGGAAGAGCUUCGUGUCCGCGUUGCUCUUCGGAAACAGAGGAUCGACCAAGGACCGACGACCGAAGACCUCAAUGGGGUUCUAG